AUUGUUUUCAGUAGUUUUCCUAUACAUAUAUGUACAUAACCUUAAAUCUCAUAAGAUUUUGAUACACAAACAUAAUAAAAUUAUUUAUAAGUCGAGAAAAAAUGAAUAUGAAUUCAACAAAAAAUGCAUUACGUUCAAUUUGUAAAUUAUUAUUCAGGAAAACAUCACCCGUUGUGUGUUUGAGUCCAUUAUUUAUCAAUGACUCAUCACAGAAUGAUGCAGAAAUUACAGAAGAAAAUAAAUUAAAAUUACCAGAUGUACAAACUAUGACAUAUAGUUAUUUGGUUAAACAGUCAACUUUAAAAUCAAUUAACAAUGCUUCUGAACUUUUAACUAUUACAUUUUUAGCGAUAGAAACUAUCAGUGAAGAGUACAGGAAAUCAUUAAUAAAAUUAAUAAACCUUUAUAAAGAGUCUUCAGAUAGUGACAUGGUUGAUUUGCAUGAAGACACAAUGGUUCAAAUUAGAGCAGAAAUCCAAAAUAAAAAAGAUAUGCUUAUGCAACUUGUUAGUUUUAUGGAGUCUGUACGUAAAAUGGCAGAUUCAACUACAGAAAUAUGUUAUAUGUAUGGAAUGACUAAUUUAUGUUCUAGCCUUAGUCAAAGGAUAGACGAUGCAAUUAAAAAUAUGGACAAAGAAAUAUAUAAUAAUCAAAAAUUAGAAAAAGAAUUUAACUAUGUACAGCAGGAAUAUAUAAUUAAUGCUGACAAACAUUGAAAAAUAUAAAUAAUUAUAACCCCUCAGGAAUGUUCCUAUCAAAACAAAAAUUAUUAAAAUAUUUUUUUAUUGCAGAUAAGUCGUAUAUAAGGUGGAAGAUAUAGAAAUAAUUAAAUAUAAUUUUACUGUAUUACUUAUCCUUAAAAAGAAAUAUUUAAACAUCUAAAUGGAUUGUCACAAUAUGUCGACCAGGUACCAUUACCAACCCAAGUGCUCUUGCUUCUGUGAGAUCUUCGGAUAGAAAUUCUAUACAUGAUCCCAAAAUUACAUUAGCGUCGCGAUCAGUGCAAAGAAAUGCACCCGUCAAUACUCUACCAUCAGUCAUUUUAAUUCGCAAAUGUCGAUUCAGCCAUCCUCUUAAUUUUUGUUUUGCAGGUGACUCCUCGCAAUUAAAAGUCUGUAAUUAUUUAACAAAUUAGUCAUAAAAUACCUUUGCAAAUAAUAAAAUAUUAUGAACGUUGGUUAUGAUAUAUACAAAUUUAUAAAAUAUAUAAAUUACUAAUUU